CCCACGCGUUCCAGCCGGGCGGCUAGCCCCGCACCCGCCAUCCCAUGCAUGGCCCGGGCGACAUUCGACAUGAACGCGGCGGGGCUCGAAGCUCGCGGCGGGGUCCACAUAGAGCACGGACCACUCCCCUUCAGCGUCGAGUCACUGCUGGAGGCUGAGAGCGUACGGGGCUCCGAGUCUGGGGAGCUGGGGGAGGAGAGGCCGCUCGGCGCCUCGAAGCCUGGAGCCUGGUCCCCACCGGUCGUGCACUCGUGCCCCCCACGUGCCCCCAGCCCUCCACCCUGCACCCUCCGCAAACACAAAACCAAUCGCAAACCACGGACGCCCUUCACCACCGCGCAGCUGCUGGCGCUUGAGCGCAAGUUUCACCAGAAGCAAUACUUGUCCAUUGCGGAGCGCGCCGAGUUCUCCAGCAGCUUGAGCCUCACUGAGACUCAGGUCAAGAUCUGGUUUCAGAACCGCCGAGCCAAGGCCAAGCGGCUGCAGGAGGCUGAGAUGGAGAAGCUGAAGCUGGCAGCCAAGCCACUACUGCCAGCGUUUGCCCUGCCCUUCCCACUGGGCACCCAGCUGCACAGCUCCGCGGCUACUUUCGGCGGCAACGCGGUUCCUGGGAUCCUCGCAGGGCCUGUCGCGGCUUAUGGCAUGUACUACUUGUCUUAG